AGACGGGAGGAGGGGCUGAGAGCGGGGCAGUAGGCAGGCUACAGCGCUGCUAGUCGGCAUUAGCGCUCGCGCAGCUGAGUGUUCCGGGCUGCAGCGAUCUCUCGGAUGAUUACAAAAAGAAAACAGGAUUAAAACCAAAUCUUUCUUCUUCCUCCAACUCACUUUAACAUUCCAGCUGAUUUCAUAAAGCUCCAUGCCCCGGAAGUGAACUCUGAGAGGACGGCUUUCACUGACUGAGUGUGAGCGGAUAGAGCGCGCCUGCCAACUCAACACAUCAGCGACGAAGCGCGAGGAAAUCAUCAUCAUCUCCCCGUCUUAAAAUGCGCGUUUUAUCGAAGGUUAACAUGAAUGGACAUAAGACAGUUCAGCCGGAGCGGACUCUAGGCGUGCAGGUGCAGCAGGGCUGAAAGAUGUGCGAUGGGAUGGCCACGCGUUCACACGCUCUGGUGAUCGUGGCACUGCAGCUGCUCCUCUUCCUCACCGCACUCCCCGCAGGCCAGGCCUCAGGUUGCUCCAGGCCCUCAGCAGUGCUGUAUGGCCGAGGAAACCUCACAGAGACCAACCGCGGCUCCUUCUCCGUAGGCACAGUGCUGCAGUACAGCUGUGAUUCAGGAUACACACUGAGCGGCGAGAGCGUCAUCACGUGCAUCGCACCGGGUCACUGGUCCUCCGUCCCACCGCACUGCCUCAAAAACGACGUGUGUCGUCCCCCCAGUGAGCCGGAGAAUGGGGGCUACAUGUGCCACCCCUCACCCUGCCCCAGACUGACUGAAGGCACAGUGAUCGAGUAUUUCUGUGAUGAAGGCUACACGCUGAAAGGAUACAGGUACCACACAUGCAGGAACGGAGACUGGGACUCAGCAGCGCCCAUCAUCUGUCACCUGGGACAAGGGAAGGAAGAGCGCUCUUCUCUGGGUAUGCCAGCUCUUUCUAUCAUGGCCUCCACUGCCAGCUCUGUGGCCCUCAUCCUGCUGCUGGUCGUCCUUUUCGUCCUGCUGCAGCCCAAACUCAAAUCCUUCCAUCACAGCAGACGUGAGCAGGGCGUAUGUGGCCAGGCCGCCUCCAUCGUCGUAGAGGGAGUUCAGGUGUCUCUUCCUUCCUACGAGGAGGCGGUUUACGGCAGCGGCGGCGCAGCGGCUCCUCCCCCAGAGUCCCGCGUAAACAUCGUGCUCUCCGAGGGGCCGCAGACGGAGCCUCCCGCUUCAGAGCUCAGCCACUCCCGACCUGAGCACAGCCUCCCCUCCACCUCCACCUCCGCCUCCGCCUCCGCACGCUCCUGUCACUCCGAGACCGUGCUCGUUCACCAGGACCCCUCCUCCUCCUCCUCUCCGUCCUCCUCCUCCUCCUCCUCCUCCACCUGGGUGUCGGAGCAGCGCGGGGCGGCAGCGGCGGCAGCGCGUAGGCCGAGCAGCACGAGCAGCGACCAGCACAGCCUGCUCUCACUCACCUCCGUAGAGGAAUAUGGAGACGAUAUUCCUCUGCUGAAGGAGGCCUGAGAGCACACGCAGCGUCCUCCUGUCUGUGGAUGAUGACCAGGACUGUGGCUCCUUAAGCUUUUUACCAAACCCUUCCCCCAUUGCUGCCGUACAGAAUGCAGGAGUAACCAAAUGCCUCUCGAUUGACCGCCCCUUCAACUCUCUACCAACUCUCCGAGCUGCACCGUGUAAUCGCUCAUCCUCGCCUCACUGUAAAACACCGCCAUCAUGCUCCACACGCUCCCACCUUCUCCCUCAAACGACUGCACAGAUGCUAUAGAAUAUACAGGAUUAUGUAUAACGCAUACAUACGGGCUGAAUAACACGUUUAUAAACGCCACCUUUUCCCCAGCGGCGCACUAACAAACAAGCAGUUGCACUCAUAAAGCCUUCAUCUUCACACAGCUUUCGCGAAUUAUGAAUGCAUUCAGUCAGUUUCUGUGUAAACGAUGAACCUUUGGUCGAUCAGUGACUGUGACCUCUCACCCCUGAGGUUUACUAAAUCAGGUCGUUUUUUUCUGUUGUUUUUUUUGUUUGUUUGUUUUUUUUAAAUGCUGCAUGAUCUGUGCAUCUCAAUUUUUUUUUCCCCCCCAAACUAGUGCACACGAGAACACGCAUGCUGCACAGGAUGGACGAGCGAGAUACAGGGAUGAACUGGUUUACAUAGUACUGUAUUCAAAGACAUGCUUGCCUUUCUGUUCGCUGCAAACUGUGUGUGUGUGAGAGAGUGUGAGUGUGUGUGUGUGUGUGUUUUGGCUUUACACGUUUGACUGAAUGAAGAGGGCUCAAAUGUGUCACCUUUUUUUUUUUUUUUUUUUUUUUACUUCUAAUUUUAACUCAGCGUAGGAUUGUUAUUUGACCUCCCGGUAAAAUCUGAGUUAAAAAUUCAGUUGAGAGAUUAUCACAUCACAUCAUAUCAUAGAACAAAUGUCUUUGGGUCGUUCUGUUUGUCCAGCUGUGUGUGUAUGAGGUGUACUAAAUAAACAAGAUUACGCCAGAAAGAAAGCUGAAUUUAGCAACACUCAUGUGAAGGGGUGGACAGAUCACUAGUUUAGGUGCCAAGCUUUCAGGGUUCUUUUUUUUUAUUACAAAAUCCUAAAAAAGCAGAAAAAUUCUACUUCCCAAACCUGAAACCCUGACGAGGAAUAAUUCAAGGGGGGGGUCCAGUGAUUAGAGAAUGAUCUUUUGGUGUAUUUUUGACCGAAAUUAAAAUAUGGAGCUUAUUACGUCUGCCUUCUGCAAAAGAAAACAUUAUUAUGUUUCAUCGUUCAUUUCAUUGUUAUUUUUAUUUAAACGCAACACGUUCCAGUUGGAUCAAAAGCAACUCAACGCUACUCUUUUCCGAAUCUCGUCACCUGCUGCACUACGCACAAACCCAGUGACUAUUGAUAGGAGCUAUUUUUUUUUACUAUGCACGAUAAUUAGCUUGAGUGGAUGCUAGACAAUAUUUCCAGAAUGUAGAAACAAGGACAACGGAGCAGAAAACAGUGGAGUGCAAAAAAAAAAAUAAUAAUAAUAAUGCGCAGUCAUCAAGUGAAAACGAAGACGCUAGCUAGAUUAAAUAACGUCUUUUUACAUGCGAUGACAGAAUACUGCAUCAUAAAUGUUAGCCAAAGACAUGAUCAGGAGAGGAUUAAAAACUAAAGCUACAUAAAAUUGCUUCUUUUCCAUCGUCUGUAUCAACACACGUAAUUAUAUCGUCACGCUUUUGAGUUAAAUUACACUUAAUUAGACUUUAUGUGCUGUCAUUGCUAUUAAAUUUAUGAUUUGUCCACCCCUGAACAAAUCCCUCUAAAAGUAAGCUUUUUUUUUUUUUCCUUUUUUCUCUUUCAACCAGCUAAAAGCAGCUCUUGGUCAUGUAUGUGCAUUUUUGCAUGUACAUUUAAUUGCACAGUAACUACUUACUGAUCAUUGGACAAGUUGAUAACGGACAGAUCCAUCAUUGCUUGUCCUCAUAUUUUGGCUUACCUGAUUUCAGAAAAGUGAGAGUCAGGUUUGUGUGGUCAGACAUCCUUUUUAUUUUUUUUUAUUUUUAUUUUUUUUUCCCCUUUGCAAAAUGGAAAGAAGACAGAGCCGAGCUUUCGCCUUAAUAAGACUUGUACAUUUCAUUAUUUUUGUAAUCAUGUUUCUUCCAUCACGGUGUUGAUUCGUCUUCAGUUUUCCUUACAGCCUUUAUGUUUUAUUUCCUAUGCAUUAACAGUCUUACGGCUUUUUCAGAGGGUGUCGGGUUCUUUGUUCUUUAUUUUUCAGAUGCUGUUUUCUUGCCCAAAGCUUUUUUUUUUUUUUUAAAUCAGUGACUUUGAUAUCUGAAGUUCGCUGCAGGUCUAAAGUUGUACUUUCUGUUCUUUUGGUUGUUGUACUUUAAAAAAAAAAAAAAAACAGAAAUCCUUGACACCAUUGAAUGGUGUUACCCAUCUCAUCUUACCCUUUUCAAUUGUUUUUUUUUUCUCUGUACAUUGCAGUGGGUGUGAAGAUAGUAUUUUAAUAUUUGUAUAAAGUUUAAUUUAAUUCUACAGUUUGUGUGUGUAUAUAACUAUUUCUAAUUAAAGCUUUCUUUUAAAGUGCA